AUGUCGGCCAAUAAUGCACACAUUAACCACACGGUUAAUUUAAACAUGCGAAAUACCGGUUCUAAUAAUGAUAAUAAGACCAGGGCGGAAGAUCGUUCCGAUCAUUGCGAUGUGAUGAUUCGUGUGGGAGAACAUCCGAACGUAAAAAAUUUUUAUGCCAAUUCUAGAUUAUUGAGUUCCAAAUGUUCUUACUUUCGUACCGCAUUGUCAAGUAAUUGGGCGAGGAAGGAGGAUGAUGUUUAUAUAAUUGAAAAACCAAAUAUCUCGCCAAGAGUAUUCGAAAUUGUUUUAGGGUACAUCAAUAACGGUGUUAUAAACUGGAAUGCACUGGAUAGUCAAGAUUUCCUUGGAAUUUGGCUGGCAGCUGAGGAGUUUAUGCUGGAUGAUUUGGAAAGAAAGGUGCAAGAAUUUUUUAAGACAAAGGAGGAUCUUCGACCAAAGUUUAUUCAAAUACUUCGACUAGUAUAUCAGAAUGAUUCUUUGGAACGAUUUCGAAGUAACUGUGUGGAUAUUAUUAAUACAACAACAUGGGUUCAGGAUGCCGCCGAAUUUGCUUCCUUGGAAGAAUCGAUUUUCCACAGUUUACUUAAUGACGAAGAACACUGUGUUUAUGAUGGUGUCAUGUGGAAUCUGUUGAUUCAAUGGGCUUGUGCUCAAAUGCCGAGAUUGGAUACUUCUAAACGAGAUAUGUGGACCACAAGGGAUUUCGAAACAUUGAAAUCUAGAAUUGAUCACUUCAUCCCUUACAUAAAAUUUUCUUUAAUCUCUCGAAAUGAUUUUUAUGAGAAUGUUUUACCUUAUAAAGCAAUAUUAUCAAUGGAAUCAACGUCCAACGCAUCAUUACAAUAUUACCUUCAUCAUAUUGAUGAUGACGGAAAUCCUAAAUCAGAUGUGCUAAGGCCAAAUGUAAUCCUAGAUGAUUCAAGAAUCGUGAAUCACACGCAUGUCGCUGUGAUCGCGCGAUGGAUUGACACAGGUAGAGAAAAAGAAAAUAUUAAUCACUCUGACAUAUCAGCAUCUAUCAGCAUACCUUCUUUUGAUUCAAAUAGUAAUCCCAUUUUGGGUGAGACCUCAUCAAUUGAAACAGAUCCAGAACAAACCGUACAUGAUACAAAAACAAAAUCCGAUGAGAAAUCAUCCAAGUAUUCAUGGAAGCCAUCACCUUUAAAACGACUUUGGCCCUUGCGCAAACACAAGAAAAAUUCUAAUAACGCGGAUCCUGCUGGUACCAAGAAAAGCAACAAUGAUAAUGCACAGGAUAAUACCCACACUGAUUCUAAUCACUCAAACAAAGAUAUUAGUAUUUUACCCAGUUUUCAAGUUAGAACCCCUUCAAUCGCAUCUAACCAAUCUUCGAAUUCUACAUAUCAUUUCAAGUUGAUUUACAGAGGUAGUCGAGAUUCCUUUGAUAAUAAAUCAUAUUACAUGAACUGUAAAGGAAAAGGUGCAACUGUUAUGGUAGCAUCUGUGAGUCGCACGAGAUUCAUAGUUGGAGGAUAUUACCCGAUCAGCACCGAAGGAACUUAUCCAAUCCUAGUAUUCGCAGGAUCAUUAGAUGCUUUUAUAUUUUCCUUUGGGGACGGAGAUAAUCCCGAAGAGGAAUCUGUAAUUAGCAGAGUAUUAAAGGAACAUGCGCAUGAGGCAAUAUGCCGUACGCUCUACGGACCAGGAUUUGGCGACAAUGAUCUCAUCAUUAAACUUGCAGGACAAGAUCAGCCAAAGAACGGUAUCUGUGGCAAAAAAUUUUAUGAGAGGAAAAUUGUGGAUAUGAGCACAUUUAACUUUGAUGAGGUAGAGGUGUUUCAGGUCAUCAAAAAUGAUCGAUGA